AUUCACACACCCAUCGCGCACACCUAGCUCGUGUAAGUAACAGAUGGAGAAGUCUGAACUCUGAACCCUCACCUUGAACUUACUUCCUAACUGAUGUAGGAUUGCUAAUUUCAUGCAAGUUGGUAGGGUCCAUGCAUUCUCGCAGCCCCUAUAUAUACACACACACACGCAAACUAAGUCGAUCCUACUCAGUUACUCAUCCCCUAACAAUUAAUAAUAAUCCAUCUGCCUAGAUAACAAUUCUCACAGAAUUGAGCCAUCAAGCAGGUGCAGCAAUAGGCUGCCAGCGGUAGAGGCAUGAAGCUUCAUACCAGGUAUCUUCCCCAAUCUUCAUCAACUUGUGCUGAUGAGUUCAAACGUUUUGCCUGUGACCACCAGCCGGCCAUCAAUGAGAUUGUCAAGGUGCAAUCACUUGUUGCCCAGCUACGGGCCAUCGUUCUGCCAGCAUGUGAAAUGAUGGCCGACCUACGGUCGGAGCUUGUCUCCCAGCUGUUUGGAAGCCUUCAAGAUUGCACUAGUCAUGCGAUAUCAGAGCUGCAGACUCACCACAGUGCGCAAUUGAUCGAUAUAGACAGAAGGGGAUCAGCAGUGAAUAUUUCUGAUUGCAAGAAGGUUUGUGCAAAGAAGAAAUCUAGGAUAAACAGCGGUAGGUAUGGUGACUCAACAUCAUAUAGGACGCCUGUUCCGCACUAUGAUGGCCACCAAUGGAGGAAAUAUGGGCAGAAGAACAUUAAAAACUCAAUGCACCAAAGGAGUUACUAUAGGUGCACAUACAAGCAUGAGCAGAAUUGCAUGGCAACCAAGACCGUGCAGCAACAGGAACACAAUACCACUGAACCUGGGAUGUACACAGUUGUCUACUACGGCCACCACACUUGCAAGGCCAACACUGGUCCUGCUCCACCCCAUGUCAUUGAGACGAGUACUCCCCAAAGUGCAAUGAGUUCGGAUAGUAUUAUUGGAUCACAGGAAAUAGUGUCUCCGCAUACUGGAUCUCACAAAAUACUAGAGAAUGAGCAUGCUACACUACAAUGGACAGAAGAUAUGCAGGGGUUGCUCGAGAAAAUCGCAGAUGUGCCACUGGAUUCAGACAUCUGGGAAAUGGAUCGAUUCUAAGGUCAUAUUAGGUGCUUGCUGGAUCAACUGAAUUGCAACUAAAAUUAGUACUUUAAUUUUAUUAUUAAUUAAUGUGGCUCUUCUAGUUUAUAUAUUAUUCCAAUAAUUGAAGUCCUAAUGUGAUGGUUGCUAGAUUAAAAUAUUUGGAAUUAUCGGGUUUAAAUACCAUCUUUUAUACUUUAGAAACUACAAUGCAUGUGUAUAUGUAUGAAGGAAUUGACAUCUAUUCAUGAAAGGUUGUCUUUUUGUGUAAGGUUGUCUGUUCGUGAAAGGACACCUAUUAGGGAAAGGAAACAUAGAGAAGACAUGACAAUUCAUGGAAGUAUGUGUUACUUCAUGAGAGAACAUGAUGGUUCAAUGCAUCCCUUUAUCUAGUGUAAAUAGAGGUGCAUUAGCAUCACUGAAACACAAUACAAAAAGAUUCUCUCAUAUCAUAGAUAGAGAAAUCAAAGGCAGGAUAUGAACAUACACAAUCAAGGCGAGUACAAUAACACAUAUAUUGUAACAAUAACAGUGCUUAGUCUGAUCAUAGAGGCUAUCCGCUAUGACACUUAAAUUUGUACGAUGGAUAUGUAUGUGGAUAAUGUUGUUCUCUAAUCAUGAAGAGGAGAGAAAAUACUCCAUAUUCUGUACCC